AUGCUUUUAUUAUUGUGCUUUGUUCGAUCUUUCAAGGAUUCAGAUCCUCUUAUAACACAAGAUAUGGUUGAUGCAAUUAACAACGAUCCUAAUGCACCAUUCAAGGCAACACUUUAUCCAAAGUUUGCAAAAAUGACUGUUGGUGAUGCUAAGCGUUUCUUGUCACCAGUUCGCCCACCACCACAAAACCACGGCUCAGCUGUUCCAGUUGGUGCUAACGAAGAAUUCUUCAACUGGGUUGAUAACAACUACAUUACAGGUCUCACAAAUGUUGUCGCCUUUAAUGGAUGGAAUAAUGCUUCGAACCAAGAUGCAGAUCAGAGUCAUAUUUCAGGAGGCAGAUCUAUCCGUCCUAAUACCAGCAUUGUCAAAUUCCCAGUUUUUGAUGUCACAAAGUUGUGCAGCUCAUGGGCACCAGCAGUCACAUCUGCAAUGACAAUCUCUGUUUCACGUUGGGCCGGUCAAUUCGUCAACUUCUCUCUUCAGUACGUUCUUGAUUGUGACAUGCUCGGCGAUUCAUGCAUUGAACGUACUCCACUCAAUGCAUACCAACUCUUCUGGACAUACCAUCCUCCGGACUUCGAUAGCUGGGACAGACCAGGCGAUGAACACUCAGAAAGAAAAGAAUCUAUGCAAGCACCACGCUCUGAUUUCAAGAGAGCCAACUGUGCUAAUAACAGAUGCUAUCCAGGCUUGACAGGCUGCAAGCGUCACUGGGCACUCACAGGAAGCUGCAACCCAGGUGAUCCAGAAACAGGUUGUCCAAUCUACUUCCUUUAUAACUGGCGCUGGAUUAAAUCUCAUCUUUGGGAAGUUGGUGCAGUUACUUCUUCAAUCACUGUGUACAAAACUCUUUUCUCUUAUCAGGAUGGUGUUUACUCAAGCUAUUAUAAAUCAACUGGAGCAGAUGGUUUUGAUAAUCAGGGAAUUCUUGGUAUGCUUGAUGUUACAAUUAUUGGUUGGGGCCAAUCACAGCUGAAUUUAUCAACUGACCAUGAAAAAUACACUAAGAAACUCGAGAGAUAUUGGUGGGUUAUUCCACACUUUGGACCAGGUUUUGGUAUUAAAUAUGGGCCAUGCAAUGAAAGUGGCCACAAUUGCAAGACUAAAGCAUAUGGAAGUGAUGGACAAUUUACCAAUACUGCCCAAAUCGACAUCGGCAAAUUGACUGUUGUUGGUUUAGGUGGAGGUGAGCAAUCUGAUUCUAUUAAAGGUUUCAUGAAGUUCAACCGUAGAUUUGAUGAUUGCAACAUUGAAUCACAUGCAGUUGGCGCCGUUCCAUAUAACUUUGUUCCACUCCCACACAGGACGCCAUCUCCAACAGAUGAUGAGACAAAAUAA